ACCCUACGCGUUCCCACACUGCUUCGCGACAGCCGCUAUGGAGGCUGGUCGUACGGCUGUACUCCGCGUGAAGCGGAAGCGCAGCGAGGAGCCUGCCGAGGCUCUGGUCCUCGCUUGUAAACGCCUCCGGAGCGAUGCCGUGGAGUCGGCGGCCCAAAAGACGCCCCCCGAGGGUCUGGAGAAAGCAGCAGAGAAGAAUGUCUUCCAGUUGGUGGCUACCGUGUGCUCCCAGGAGGAGCCGGUCCAUCCAUUCCUGCGGGCCGCUCUGCCCCCACCCUGGGGCACCCAGCAGCGUAUCCGCCACGACCUCCGCGCGGCUACUCGGAAGAUCCAGCAGGAGGGUCGCUACAGGGUAGUCUCUAGCCGCCGCUCCUCGGGCAUUCCUUUGGAUGCCCUGGAGUCCGAGGACGUGCUGGGAAACCCAGAAGCCGACGGUGACGCAGGCUUCCAGCUGUUGGAUCUGGUCCACGAAGAAGGAGACCCAGAGGCCGCUGCUGCCGCCGCGGACUCCUACAAGGUAGCUGACCCAGAUGUGAUCCUUUGCAAUUCUGUAGAGUUGAUCCGUGAGCGGUUGACUAUAUCCGAGGAUGGACCAAGUGUCGAGCACCGGGAGGAACAGAAGGAUGACUAUGUGUAUGACAUUUACUACUUGGAGACAGCCACUCCAGGAUGGAUUGAGAAUAUCCUCUCUGUGCAGCCCUACAGCCAGGAGUGGGAGCUGGCUCUGAUGAAUACCACAGCCUCAGUGAAGAGGAAAGAGGCAGUAGCAGACCACAGGUGGGGAGCAAAUACCCUUUGGAUGUGCAGAAGGAGUUUGGCUAUGACAGCCCUCGUGACCUGGACUCGGACUAAGGAUUCUGUGACAACCAUGAGGUUCUAUCACAGGCCCUUGAGGGCUCUGACUGCAGCAUCAGCCACCCUGGUAAUGGGUUUCCUGGCAUAACACACGGAAGGAAAAAGCAUGUCCAACAGCACCAUCAUACCAGUGAAAACUUGUGCUGAAGGAGUGUCUCUUGUCCACUAAUAGUAGGGCCCUUUGCCUCAUUCAAGUAGUUACAGUCGGGGGGAUAAAAAAAACAACACAAAAACAAACAAACAAAAAAACAUAAAAUGAAGCUUUCUGGCCUAGACAUUUUCCUGCUCUUCUCCUACGCUAAAGCCAGUAAGUGGAAGAGAGGCUGUUUUAUGAGAACUUCCACCCGCCUCCAGUAAAGGCCUGAUUCUUUUUGAUGGGAAAAUCUAGAAGAGCUACAGUGGGUCUCAUGUAGCAGCACACACUGAGUAGUAAUGGCCAGUAGGAGAGGAAGAAUCUGCCCGAGCUGUGAGGGGUUUGGUUGACAGUUGUCUCUACCUCCCUGCUUCCUAUGAUAAUGACUGUAAAGAUUGCUCUUUCAUUAGCAGUGGUACCAAGGAACAGAGUAUGUGUGAAUGUGAUACUCUGCAUUUAGUAAAAACGCUUUAAAUAUGGGAGCAAGUAAUUCCUUUAAAACCUUUCAAUCUGAAUAUAUGUUCUCCAUUGUGCUCCCUCUCCCCUUCCUGCCCCCCACCAAAAAUGGGGGAGUAGUGAGAUAAAAGUUUCAGAAUUGACCCGAGACACAAAGGACUUAAAGCAAAUUAGGAAAAGGAAAACACAUCCUGAACUCAGCUUUCCACUAAGCAAUGUUUAACUGUUUACAGCACUCACCAAAAACUAUCAGUAAGACAAAAUUUCUUCCCCAAAAUUUACAUCUCUGCCCCUACCCCUUCCAAAGCACAGAUGCCUUAACUCAGACUGAGUUGGCAUUUAGUCAUCUAAUGCAACAUUCAUUGUCCAGUAGAACUUCUGCAAAGAUGAAUGUGUCCUAUAUAUGCACUGUGCAGUAGUAGCCACUAGCCACAUGUGGCUGAGUACUUUUAAUGUGAUUAGUGUGACUGAGGAAUUUUUCAGUUUUAUUUCAUUUUAACUAGCUACAUGUGGCUAGUAGCUACUGUACUGGACAGCGCAGGUAUAGGGCAAUCAAUACCCAGAACCUUCUUAAGACGUGCCCUCUUGUCCCAUGGCACAGACUCACUAUCACAUGGGAAGGUGAAUUACACAGGGAUGUGUCUUCCCACAUCUUUUAAGAUUUCAUAAGCAUCUACUUUCCCAUCCUGCCUAAACCCAUUAUUUCUAAGUCUUUACCUACAUUGGCUCCUAUUUACACAGUUGUUAAACCUGGCAAAAUGAUUAAAUUGUAUGUGUGUGUGUA